UCCGGUGGUGGGAGGAGCUGAGCGGGGCUGGGUUAGUGAGGGAGGGUUUAGCGGCGCUGGGUUGUGUCCCGCGUCUCUCCCGCCUAGGCAGGAUCGGGCCAUGCGGGAUCUCACCCACCCCAGGUCUUCCCCGCGCGCUCCAAGUCCCCGGGGGUCUCCCGUGCUCUGGGCAGGGGGCUGUGAGCCCGGGCUGCUCCCCGUUCCGGCUCGGGCAGAGUCCUCUGCGGUUCCUGACCUCCUCAGCCGAGUCCCCUGGCGUUAUCACCCGCCUGCUGAGGCUUGAUGUUCUCCCUGAAGCCCCAGCUCCGGGAGUCACGGGGCUAGGGAACAUUCGGCUUGUACUUUGUGAGUCAAGUAGCGUGGUGGCCCUCCUUGUGCGACAAGCUUGAAAACAUGGACCCUAAAGGCUGGAAGGCAACGAAGAGCAGCCCGUCUUUUGUAUUUUAUUUUUUAAAAAAUGAUGUUUUUAAGGCAAAUGAUUUGGUGGGCGUGUGGUUGGAAAUACUGUUCCUGUUGCACCCCAAGAGCUUGCGUGGCGGAUGCUGUGGGUUUGUGCUUAGAGCACAGGAUAUGGAUUCAAGGCGUUCUAGAGUCUGUCCCUGGCCCUGUGACAGAUUUGCUGUGUUACCUUACCCGAGCCGCUUAACCCCUAUGUUCCUCAGCUUUCCCAUAGAUUCAGUGGAGAUGCUGUUUACCUUGCCUGGGUGGUGUGAAUCUUCCUUAAUGUUUUAAAAGGCUUUUAAAGUAUUCAAAGGUAGGGUUACCAUAGGUCCAUAUUUUCCCAGACAUGUCCAGCUUUUUGGUUCUUAAUUGUCAUCCAGGAGGAAUUUUUAAAUAUCUAAAAACAUCUGGGAUUUUGCCAUUAUUAUUUUUCCCCAAAGAAGAGUUGAUCAUUCAAGAAAGAGAGUGAAUGUUGAUCACUCGAGAGAGUGCCUGCUUUUUCCCCCUAGGUCCCAGCGCUUGUGCCGCAAAACAGCUGUUUCACGUGGCGGGGAGGAGGGAGAACGUGGCAUGCUCAGGGGAGGAGGCGGGGAUGGGGCAGGGAUUUGGGGAAGGGGUCCAAUGGGGGUGGGGAAGUGGUGGAGUUGGGGUAGGGCUGAGGGGCGUGGGCAAAUACACACACACACACCCCUGUGGAGCGUCCCCUUUUUUUGAAUGUUCAGCUAUGGUAACCCUAUUCAAAGGGAGCUUGCUAAACAUGUGCAGAGUAGUCAUUUCUUUCUUUAUAAAAUAAAUACUCUCUGAAAAUGAGAUCCUCUGGGUAUUGUCUACAUGGUAGCGAGCCUUCCAGCCCCCUAGAGAGACUUGUGAAAGUAGGGUUCAAGCUAGUGCACUAAAAAUUAGCAGUGUGGAUUUUGCAUUUUAAGUGGCAGUUCAGGCUCUCCAGCGUGCCAAACCCCCUGGGUCUAAGUUCAGAUGGCUAGCUUGAGUUUUCACUGGAGCUACAGCAUCCACAGUGCCAUAUUUUAGCUGAAGCCCUCUUAGAGCAAUUCUGUCUACCUGGGCUGUGACACUUCCUCCCAGCUGCAGUUUAGACAUAGCCUAUGUGGCCAUGUGUUAGCCCAGAAUAAAUUUUCAUGGUUGAGUUAUAAGCUCAUGCAAAUAGAGUAACAGUAAAAAUAUUUACAGUUCUUUGGCUGUUCCAAAAUCUUCAGACUCUGCUAUAAACCUAGUUUAAAAUGGCUUGGGCUUACUGGUAAAAGAUGAUUGUUUUUACUGCAUAAUUUUGGUUUAAAACAAGUGUUUUAACUGUUUGUACUUUAGUGAAAACAUUGCCUGUUAAUUACAACUAAUAUUUUUCUUUAUAAAUGGAUUUUUUUUACAGUUGCCUCCAAAGUUUUCCAUUAAAUAUAUGAUAGUGUCCUUUAAUACUUGCUACUUAGUACAAAUAAAAGUGGGGAGAAUGACAUAAGAGAAACUGUUACUAAAAUAUGUCUGCAUAUUUUUUUUAAAUGUUGAGGUCCUGUUUGUAAAUAUUUAGGAGCAAUUGUGAACCUGAGUGGUUUUGUCCUUUACAGUCUUGUACUAUACAUUUGCUGAGGUGUCUAGUAACCUAUUUCCAGCAGUUGAUCAUAGUUCGUAAUAAAGCUAGUUUUUUACCUUUCCGUUUACAAAUUGCACAGAUGUAGAGUUGCUGCACGCAUAUGACCUAAAUAAGAGAAGUGAGUGAAAUUGGAGUGGAGGGAACAAGCUCAUAAUCUGUGAACCUCACACAGCUCCCAUUAGGUUGUGAUUUACAACUGCAGUUUUCUUAAGACCUCUGAAUCUGACCCUUUCUACUGACAGUGUUUUAGAAUUUAGCAUAAUUUCUUUUUUUCUCCAUAGUGCAGGAUAGUUCUAGUGUGCCACAUCAGGUGCAUUAUGUUUCUUUGGAAGUAUCAGGUACUAGCCUUUGCUGAAGAAAGCUUACCUUACCACCAAGCUAGACAGAAUUUACUAGAUACUCAGUGGUCAUCUUUACAAUUUGAUAUGAUUCCCAGGAAGGACAUCUGAUGAUAUUUAAGAGACUUCCAACGAAGGAUUUUCCCAUUAAUAGGUUCUGCACAAAUAGAGAGCAAGAAUGAAGGAGCUAAUUAAAAUGAAGACUUACUUAACUUUUUGAUUUUAAAUGUUUUGCUUGUUUUCCCUCUUGUUCUUUACUUUGCAUCCAUGUUUUAUAAAUAUGAAAAGGUAUUUUUGUUUGGUGGUAUUCAACAAAUGAAACCAAGCCCUUGCCAACCCAAAUAACUGUCAAUGUAUCAAUUAUAAAAUAAACAAAUAUGGUAAGAUAAAUAUUAUAAUGUUGUAAAAGCCUUGUGGAAUCCUCACAACAAACACCCCCUUUUAACACCAGGAAGAUAUCAAAACCACCCUUUGAUGGCAUCAGCAAGAAAUAAAGAUGAGGACAGAGAAGAGAGAGAAAUUCAGAUGACUUUUGAAAGUCCCAGCCCUAAGCUACAAAGAUGCUCAAAUUAUGGUACCACUUGCCGUCUGCUUUCCUCUUCUAUGAAACAUAUUUACACCUUCCUGGAAAUCCUAAUUCUGUGACGUAUUGAGUCCUUCAACUGAAACCAGGGUGUACUGAUGGCUCUCAGUACUUCAUAAGAUCUUGCAUUCUAUUGAGGUCAAACUAAUGGGCCUGUAGUUUCCCAGAUCACCUUUUUUCCCCUUUUAAUAAGUACAUACUGUUGGAGACUGAAGAAGACCACUUUGAACAUUUACCUCUGGAGGAUGGAUCAUGAAGAUGCAUCAAAUAAAUGUCCUUGAUGUCAAACUUUGGACUAGGAAAAUGGAGAGCCUAGAUCUGUUGAGGAAUUGUUUGGUGUGCAAAUGGGAACUAAAGAGAAGAGAUCCCAGACUGCUGCCUUGUCUUCACUCCUUUUGUAAGGACUGUCUUCCAGAUUUGAUUCAAGGAUACAAUUACACUCCCACUGAACGUGAAGUUAUGUAUGAAGGUAUCCUCUCAUGUCCUGUGUGCAAACAGACGUGCUUCGCAGGCGAUGUAGUUGAAAAUUUCUUUCUCAAGGACUUUCCCACAGCAAAUCCAGCUAUGGCAAGGAGCUGUUCAACAUGUAAUGAGAAGAGACCUGCUCACAGUCUGUGUACUAACUGCAAUAAGUGGCUGUGCAGCUCAUGUACAGAGGAACACAGACAUGGCAAAGAAACUGGAGACCAUUUCCUGUCUGUCCCCCUGAAGGGCUCUUCAGGAACUGAAGGGGGAGCAAGUGAGUUUUCCUUGUUUUGCCCCAUACACUGUCAAGAGAGCCUUAAACUGUUUUGUGAGACCUGUGAUGUCCUUACUUGCCGCAACUGCCUUCUGACAGAACACAAGGAACACAGGUUCAUGCAUCUUGAAGAGGCUUUGCAGAAUCAGAGGGUUAUCCUAGAAAAUGUAACAGCCAAAGUGGAAGAGAGAAAAACUGGGAUGCAGGUCUCAGCUAAACAGCUUGAAGACAGGUUAUUUGAAGUAAAACAUUUGCACAGAAAAGUGGAAAAUCAGAUCAAAAUGGCCAAGAUGGUUUUGAUGAAUGAAAUCAAUAAACGAACAAAUGACCUUCUAGAGCAACUUGAGAGAAUUACCAGCGAGAGGAAACAGAAGUUGGAGCAACAACUUCAAGGCAUCAUGGUUUUAAACCGGCAGUUUGAACAUGUGCAGAACUUUAUCAACUGGGCAGUGUGCAGUAAAAACAGCAUUCCAUUCCUCUUCAGUAAGGAACUGAUUGUGUUUCAGAUACAGCAUUUGCUGGAGACAAAUUGUAGCACAGAAGUAGGCCCUCCUUGGAAGAUCAGAUUCACUUGGGACCCUUCUUUCUGGACUAAACAAUUGUCCAAUUUAGGUGGCUUAACAAUGGAAGGUGGACACACUCCUCAUUCAGAUGGCCCAACCUUUGGAAAUAUACAAGGAUUACAGACAUCAAUGUAUCAUGGACAACAUUCGCCAGCACCACAGCUUGAGGCUAUCCAUAACCAGUCACAUCAGUUUCCACCUCCUGUUCAGUCUCCUACACCAGCGUGUUGCUCCCAUUGCCUCAACAUUCCUCACAUGAAUAAGGGUCAGCGUCUUCAGCACAAGAUGAGCCGCCAUCAUCAGAAUUUUAGACAUCCUCUUGAAAUGCAGCAGCAGCCGCCACUGCAUUUCCCGCUGCAAUACAACGUUCAGCAGCAUGAAAAAGAGCAGAGGGGCACACCUCAGCCUUUGAAAAUAAUGCAGCCUUGUCUACAGCAACCAUCCCAUUCAGAGCAGGAUAAUGUGUCUGUGAGGAUGGGAAAACAUUUGCAAGCUCAACAGCCACAGCAGACUCCACAUCCAGUUUACACGGUUCCCCCACAAGAUGUUCUUCAGGUUCACACCGGUCAAGUGCAACAAUUGCACACCCAGCCUGCUUUGCAGACUCCAGCUGUGCAAGUGCAGCUUGGUCAUCUUCAGAAGCUGAAGCUUAACCACAUGCAGCAGCAGCAGCAGCAACCACAGCCACUGCCUCCCACAGCCAGUCAGAAUGAAAACGCUCAUGAACAAGUCAUACAGCAGAGUUUGGACAUAAUGCACCACCAGUUUGAACUGGAAGAAAUGAAAAAGGAUUUGGAGCUUCUCCUUCAGGCUCAAGGGCAACCAAGCUUGCAGCUGAAUCAAGCCAAACAGCCUCAGCCUGUUCAGCAAACCAUUGUUGGACAGAUAAACUACAUAGUGAGGCAACCAGCCCCAGUUCAGCAGCAAAUCCAAGACGAAGUGCAACAAGCUUGUGAGGAUUCUGCUGAACUAGAAAGUGAAAAGCCAGUGCUUCCUCUUGAUAGAAAUGUUAUUCCAGCUCCGUCACAACCAUUAGCUGAAGAAACCACUGUCAGCAGUCCCUCCUCAGAGAGCACCUUGCAACACCCCUCUUUGAAUCCAGUGAGGAAGCGUUCGGCUUCACUGAACAUUGUGGGCUUUUCAAACCCUUUAGAAAUGGAACCGUCUUCUACAAGGUUAUCUAGGUCAGUUGAUCCACAGAUGCAAGGUGUAUCUACUAUACCGCUCAACCAAUCCCAGAACAUGUUUCAUGCCUCUGAUGUGCAGCCAGAAUCUGUGCCUAGCUACAGCUUGGCAUUAGACAGAGCUACAGAUGACCUGAACCCUUGGACUACUGAUAACCUAGCAACAGGUGAUGUGCUCCUGGGGAACACUAAGUGCAAGCUGGAAAAUGAAGAUUUUAGUACCAUGAAUGACCCUCUUGGAAAUGACUCAGCCACUGCUGGACCGAACACCAUUAAUGAAUUAGCUCUUCCUAUGCAAAAAAUACUAGAAGAGCCUAUUAAUCUUUCAGUCAAGAAAUCGCAACAGUGUGCCUCUCCUUCUGCACCCAUCAGCAGUGCUGCCUGCCUGCAGUUGACCAGUGUAAAACAACUUAGAAAUGAAGAAGAAUCCAUUAAUUAUGAAAAGGAACAUAUUGAGAUGGAUGUAAAAAGUAAUCAGAACAUCAGAGCUUAUACUAAAGAGCUGAAGAUACCCUAUGUGCGAUUGGAACGCCUGAAAAUAUGUGCAUCAGAAUCUGGGGAGCUUCCAGUGUUCAAACUGCAGCCCCAGAAGGAUGACCAAGAUGAGACUUUCCUUCUGAUAAUUGAAUGUGGUACCCAGUCUUCAAGUAUGGCUAUAAAAGUCAAUCAAGAUAGUCUGCCUGAAGGACCGAUUCCCACAUAUGAAGAUAGGAAGUUCCCCAUCAGCCGCCCAGCAGGACCGGCACCAUCUGCUUUUGUAGAUAUCCCUCCUGUUGAUUACAAGCUUAGCAAUGGGAAUGGCAUCCCCAGCAUGAAAAAAUCUCUGCUCGCUCAGGAAGCCAAUCCGAUUGAGAAUGAGGAUUUCUGUGCCGUUUGUCUGAAUGGAGGAGAACUGUUGUGUUGUGAUCACUGCCCCAAAGUGUUCCAUCUCUCAUGCCAUGUUCCAGCUCUGCUCAGCUUCCCAGUGGGAGAAUGGGUGUGUACACUCUGCCGUAACCUGUCAAAGCCCGAGGUGGAGUACGACUGCGAAAACACACGCUACCGCCGUUGUAACAAAGGGGAGAGAGCACUGCAUGGCCUUGAUGACCUUGACCAGAAGAAAUGUGAAAAGUUGGUGCUUGCCCUGUUCUGCAGUAGCCUGAGCCUUCCGUUCCAUGAGCCUGUCAGUCCACUGGCUCGUCAUUAUUACCAGAUCAUCAAAAAGCCCAUGGACCUGUCAAUCAUGCGGAAAAAACUCCAAAAGAAGGACAAAUCACACUAUUCUGCACCAGAGGAGCUGGUAGCCGAUGUGCGUCUCAUGUUCUGGAACUGUGCAAAGUUCAAUUAUCCAGAUUCAGAGGUUGCAGAGGCUGGACGAUGCCUGGAAGUGUUCUUUGAGGGCAAGCUGAAGGACAUUUAUUCAGACAAGCAUUUUCCUUUGAUGCAACAAGAAGACUCUGAUUCUGAAGAAGUGGAAAGGGAGAAUAGCCAAAUGGCCCCCAAAGGGUUCCCAUGGCCAUCAUAUGGACAGGAGUGCAUUCAGCCUAAAAGGAGGCGACGCCAUGCUGAAAGUGAAAAAACUAAAAGAACGAUGUUUCAGCCAGCUAACAGCCUGCCUCAGGUGUGACCUGCCAGCGUUCUACUGGAUUUGCUAUGAGGAACCAAACUCCUAGCAAAAUAACUGACAGAGUUAAGGUGUGUGGGAGGAAAACAAAGAAAACAUUCGGGUUGUUAACUUAAAACAUUUAUCAUCUGCUGACCACCAGCCUUACUCAAAGACUUGGGGAAUGAUUAAGAGAUUUGGGCAUUUUUAAUCUACCCAGUACUCUGCCUAUCUAAUUGCUUGUAUGUUUGCAGCAUUUACCCUGAAGUACUAAUGUUUGGUGACAUAUAAUGAUGAUUAAUAAUAAAAGUAGGAUGUUAAUAAUCUAUAAUACUUCUGUACAAUCUCAUAAUCUAUUUAAUACAAUCCUUCAUUUUAUAGAGCACGGCUAACCAUGUACUCUUGCAUCUGCAAUGCAAAUGUUGACCAUGAUGUAUGUUAAAUAUGGAGGCUAGUCACCAAAGACCAAAUCCUGCAGUCUUAUUCAGCAAUUUCUCUGGGAACUCUGACUGAGUUAGGCCUGCAGGAUGUAAUUAUCUGGUUAGUUGUUUCUUUUGAAGCGGCACAUUCUCAUGAAAUCACAAAACAGCAUGUGCUAAUAUCCAGGGCUGUGUGAGAACUAUUUCUGAGUGCACAAUGGAUGCUCAAUUUGCAAAGAGUCACUGCACUUGUAUCUAAGUCAAUGCUUUGUAUUGCAUCGGGGAUCCCUUGAGUAUCAAAGGCAGUAAAACCAAAUCCUGUUGUGUCCUUUGAAAUGUGCAGUGGAGUUUGCCAUGUUAAUGACAAAGCAAUUAUAUGGUUAUAGAAGUGCCUAUAAAAUAAAGUGGUAUCUCAUUGAUUUUCUGUUUGGUUACUUCUGGUUAACAACAAUGCCUUAAAAUGGUAUUAGACAUUGUACACACAGAGCUCACAGGAGAAAUGAAAUUAUCACUAAUUCUUCAUUUUCUCAGAUUGCCCAAACCGUUGGCAGAACAAUUCCUAGGGACAGAUUGUAGCCUUGCAAUUUCCCUGAGCAAGGUGCAGUAUGUAAUUGUGCUGGGCCGGUUCUGAAUGGUGACCCGGAGUCCAAAGGUCACAGGUUGCCUCCCUAGAGGAGAACUAAGCUGAACCAGACCUUAUGCUGGCCAGCACAUUGGGUCGGGGGGGGUGUCUUCCUCCUCCUUGCACUCCUGCCCAGCUGUGGAAGUUAGGGCCAUUAUCUGGCCCCAGGAGAGGAGAGCUGUUGCAAAUCCCAUACCCAGUUGAUUUCAUUGAGCUAUAAUCUGUUUCCUAAAAAUAAAGAAGAAAUUUUCAGCACAGUUUAUACUGGCUGUUGUUGUCUGGUCACCAUGUGUGUGAUUUUAGAGAACACUCUAAACGAAGACUUUGUGUAUGGAAUAACAAGACUCCAAGGCUAUAUUUUGUUGUCUGUGUUACUUAUUGUUUGCCAUUAACUCAGUAGUGAGAUGGUGUCUUCUCUGACAUAAUAAAAUAUGCACUGUAAAAGACUGCAUGUUACAAGCUGAAUGAAAGGGAGAGAGAUGAAUCAAGGGACUGGACUGAUCUACAGCAUCAUAUGUCUGUAAGCAUGUCCUGUUUGUACUAGCUGAAACAGCUGAAGGAAGAUUCAUGUGCCUGCCUUUUCAUCAAAUUCAUCCUCUUAGAGCUAGCUAGAACUUCCAUGGCACAGGGCACUGGCUUGCAGGUUUAUGAGUGACUGCGUUGACCAGACUUACCUGUGCUGCCUCCAGUACCACUCCCACCAAAAGGCCUAUCCCUCCACCAUUACUGUUUCAGUGGGUGAUACUAUUGUAUAAUGUUCAUAGAGGGUCAUAGAAAUGGAAGAGACUGACAUAUUGGCUUAUCAAGUCCAUUGUCCUGCCAAGGCAGAGUAGCUUAGAAUUGACUUAAGUUUCUUAGUUCCUGUAAACAUAUAGUUGUGUGAUUUAAUAUUUGUUUAGUUUUCUAAAAUUUGACUUUUAAUCAGUUAAAGUCCAGGUACGUUGUUACUUUUUUAAAUUAGGCCCAAGUCUGUUAUGGAUGUUACUGUAAAUCCCAGGAGUGGAACGCUGGCAGGAUAUAGCUCUGAGAUCCAAGCACUUUUCUAAUGAGUUUGUUUAGUUCACUGGGUGUAAGGUCCUAGUGCUUUCGCUUGGAUAACAGACACAACAACUGUUUAAACAAUGGGUAUUGGACAUAAUGUCAUGGAGGCUGGCAGCCCAAAAGCUGAACGUAACAGCAUGACAAUGCACAUUUUAGAUCUCAUGUGACUUGGAAACAUCUUUAAGCCUUGAUCCAGGGGUCACCACCACCAUAGUGCAUAAUGUGUGGUGAGACCAGCAUCUUCUAUCACAGCAGCUUCCUUCAAAUUGUUGCCUCUACAGUCUACCCUUUUGGGCCUUGGUAAAGAGGGGCACCACAUCUCUAGAGCCUAUGUCUACUCUAGAAAUUCUUCAGGCAAAGUAAAAAAAAAAAAAAAAAAACAGAGUGGCACCAAGAAUGGAGGAUAUGAAAGCAAGAAGCUCUUUUUUUUGCCAUCAGAACAGCCAUAUCUAUUUAACUCAAACACAAAUGUUGUUCAAGGGGUCCUUUUUCUUCUGACUAUCUCACAGCCAAUCCCACAGUCUAGAAGAUCUGAAAGGG